AUGUAUCGAGGGGCGUGGCUACCCGGCCUUGCAGACCAAAAUCAAUGGAUUCAAACAUUCAGUGGUAAUUUUGACACCGCAACUCCUGUAGCAAAUGAGUUUUCUCCACCCUUUGUUGCUCGCUUCGUGAGGCUCGAACCGCAAACCUGGCAGAACUACAUUGCCCUCAGAUUGGAAUUUUACAUCAAGGGACCUGUCGCGGAUGCUAUCGAUACAGCCCGCCCUCUUGGCAUGAUGGACGGCCAGAUUCCCGAUGUCUUUAUAUCUGCAUCCUCCUGCUACUCCAAAUAUUUCUGCACACGGCACGCCCGUCUUAAUUUUCCCUCUGCGAGUUGGUUGGCAAAUAGGAACGAUUAUGAGCAGUGGAUCAAAGCUGACCUGCGCGCUGUGUACAUUGUUCAAGGGGUCAUCUCGCAGGGUCAACCAAACUUCGACCAAUGGGUGUCGAGCUUCACCGUAUCACACAGCCUCGAUGGUAAAACAUGGAACAAGGUUAAAGAUCAUUGCACAAGUAAAACCAGGACAUUUGUUGGCAAUCACGAUAGCAGAACGCCGAUCGUCAACUUUUUCGAUCGAGAUUUAAAAGCUCGAUUAGUUCGUCUGGAACCGACGACAUGGUAUGGUCAUAUAGCUAUGAGGUUUGAAGUGAUGGGUAAAGGACCAAUUGCAGAGCAUAUGUUCGAAUCUAUGGAACUAGGGGUAGAACAUCGUCACGCUCAUCUUUACAGUAUGACGGCGUCUAGUUGCCAUGACCACCGACAUUGCGCAGACCAUGCGACGUUACACCAGGAGAACGGGGGUGACGAACUCAAGGGUGCUUGGAUGCCGAAAAGUGACGACAGGGAACAAUGGGUCCAGGUUGAUCUCUCUCAUCCAUACCUCAUCAGUGGUAUCGUUACGAAAGGAAUGCAAGGAACUCAUAGAUGGGUGUCAUCUUUCAUCAUCUCUCAUAGUAAUAAUGGGCGUGAUUACACACCCCUGAGAGAUAAAUGUUGCUCCGAUCCAGAGGUAUAA